AUGGUGCGGGACACGAAGGCACAUAUUGAGGUCGCUGGCAUCGUGGUUGUUGUUCUAGCAGCACCGCGCUCAGACGCUCGCCUCCACGACGAUCAGCAACGUCCAUCCAUCGCAAGGCCGCAUCUUUCGACCCCGCUAUUCGACCCCGCCAGAGCGUAUGGCAAUUGGGCUCGAGUCGCAGCCCACAACGAUAUCACCCUGAGCGCCAACGUCACGGGCAGCUGGCGGGCCUGCUCGCGGGAGUCUAGCCUGGCUGGUCCUGAAUCUCGAACUCCUUCCUCUUCAGCCUCGCCUUCCGCUCGCUCCCGUCCCGCCCGCAUCGUGAGGCCCCGCGAUUCACCCGCUGCCCAUCAUCUGCUCAGCGCCGCUCUUCUUCUACUUGUACUCGGCGUCCAGCUGUUCGCACCACGUCUGCCGUACGAGGUCUUGUCGUUCUUCGCCGCAUCUCCCCAAAAGCAAUUCUGGCCUGCAACCCCGCCGCGUGCGACGUCACCUGCAUUAUCCUCCGCCCACAUCCCGUCGAGUCCACCUGUCUGCGCAAGAGUUGAGCAGCAAUUGCAGUUUUCUGGCACCUUCUAUACCAAUACCGAACGCAGCAUGGCUCUAGAAGAGCAGGCGCAGCGGGUGGCCGCCGAGUUUGAGUUCCCCGCCGAGGGGGUGCGAGCGGCGGUCAAGGAGUUCAUACGGGAAAUGGGCGAGGGCUUGCAGAAAGAUGGCACAGAAUUAAGCCAGAUCCCUACAUAUGUCACAGCAGUGCCCAAUGGCACAGAAAAGGGUCUAUACAUGGCAGUGGAUCUGGGAGGCACAAAUUUCCGCGUCUGCUCUAUCCAAUUGCACGGCAACACUACCUUUUCUCUCACCCAAAGCAAAGUGGCCAUUCCUCGUGAGCUGAUGGUAGCCCAAACCUCCAAAGAGCUCUUCUCCUUCCUCGCCAAACAGAUUGAGAUAUUCCUGAAGGCACACCACAAGGAUCACUAUGCUGGCACUCUCCGGCGUAGGGCAACGGUUUCAAAUGCCGGGGGGUUCAGAGAAGAGGAGAUUUUCAACCUGGGGUUCACGUUCAGCUUUCCUGUGCACCAGAUUGGGAUCAACAAGGGACUCUUGAUGCGCUGGACAAAAGGAUUCGACAUUCAAGACGCAGUGGGCAAGGACGUCUGCGCCCUGCUACAGGCUGAGAUAGAUGAGCUGCAUCUUCCAGUGCGAGUGGCUGCCUUAGUCAACGACACUGUUGGGACACUGAUGGCCCGGUCAUACACCUCUCCUGGCAAGACUGGCACUUUACUCGGCGCCAUCUUCGGCACAGGAACCAACGGCGCCUAUGUGGAAAAGCUCUCCAAAGUCAGCAAGCUCCUAAACAACAAAGACGCCGGCGAAUUCGACAAGUCAACCGGCGAGAUGAUCGUGAACACGGAAUGGGGCUCCUUCGACAACUCCCUCCGCACGCUCCCCAACACGCCCUACGACGCAGCCCUCGACAAAGCCUCGGUGAACCCGGGCAUCCAGAUGUUCGAGAAGCGCGUCUCGGGCAUGUUCCUCGGCGAGAUCCUGCGCCUCGCCCUCAUCGGCCUCCUCAACGACCCCAGCAUCACCCUCUUCCGCGACGACAACUCGGCCACCAACGACGUGCACUCGACGACGCAGAUCGCCGAGUCGUCGCCCCUCUGGACGCAGUGGGGCAUCGACACCAGCUUCCUGAGCAUCUGCGCCGGCGACAGCAGCGCGGGCCUCCGCAUCACGCGCCAGACGCUGGAUAAGGACUACGGCAUCAACGCCGUGUCGGCCGAGGACGCAGAGGCCGUCAAGCUCAUCGCCAACGCCGUCGGGAAGCGCGCUGCGCGCCUGGCGGCUGUCGCCAUUGCCGCGAUUGUGAUCGAGACCGGCCGGUUGGGCACUUCUACUUCCUCUGGCACUAACACGACCGAGGCGAAGGAGAACUUGGAGCCGGCGCGCGGCACGGUCGACGAGGUGGCGGAGGAGGAUGUUAUUGAUGUUGGCGUUGAUGGGAGCUUGGUUGAGUUUUAUCCCGAGUUUGAGAGUUUUAUCCGUGAGGCGCUACGGGAGGUGCCCGAGAUUGGGGUCGAGGGGGAGAAGAGGGUGCGGAUUGGGAUUGCGAAGGAUGGGAGUGGGGUGGGUGCGGCGUUGAUUGCGCUGGUGGCGGGGAGUGUGGAGAAGUCGGAGAAGUUGGGGUAGUAUGAGACGGUUUAGGGGGUUGGUGCUGAUCUUGAUGUUGAUGUUGAGGCUGCUGUUGCUGUUUGAUAUAUGUGCUAGAAAGGGGGGAAAGAGGAGGGGGAAGAGGAGGGGGAAGAGGUUUCUGAAACUUCUUGUGCAUUCUGUGGGAUCAUGGUAUUCUCAUUCUGGAACAUAAUUGAUUUUGGAACUGUUGCAUUCCAUUCUUCAAAACUUCAAUUUUCUCUAGAGUGAAAUUUUUUUUUGUGUACUACCUUGAAUUUUGAUCAUUCGGGUUCUUUUCAGGGGUAGGAUUUGUGUACACUGGUUUGCCGCUGUCUGAUGUCCUUCGAUGCAUUCUGAGGAAUCAUGAUCUAGCCUUUUCGAACAGUCCGUAAGAUCGUCGAACUCAUCCUCAUAGCUCACAGCUCAUACACUCACCCUCAAAAAGCCGGGUAUAUUUCCUACUCCCCUCCCCAACCCCCUCCCA